AUGUGGACGCGGCAGCUAUUAUGGAACCAUAGGAGGCUCAUAUCCAUACUUCAGUCCACAACUGAAAGCCAGAGAAAAAUCUAUUCCUCCUGGAAAGAAUUUUUAUACUAAUCCAGGAAAGAAAGGAACUGGAUAUGGUUAUGCAAACCUUACCAUAGGUGAACAAUAUCCACAUGAACCCGAUGGGUAUAAAGCAAAAAGAAAAAAGGCAAAGAAAGCUCGCAAGAAACAUAAACAGGUCAUGAGGAACAUAAACGGGCCUUUUAAGUUAAAUCUACAUCCUCAGGAGUAUUUUGACAGGAAUCCCUAUUUUAAUGACAAACCUUUGCCACCUGUGAAGAACCCACCUCCAAAGAUACCAGUUGCACGGCCUUUCAUACCAAGUUCUCCUGCUAAAAAGCCAGGGGGCAUGAAAGGAGGCACAUUUGAUCGUUACCCAAGCCAUUCCAAUGAACCUUAUGAAAUUAAAACACCUAAGGCUGUCACGACUAAUAAAAACCAACAGGUUUUUUAUCCUCCUUCUGGACCAAAAAGCAGACCAACUACAAGCAUAAUAGAUUUAAAUGUUAAAAGAGAAAUAAAUGCAAUGAACUACAAGACUGCACAGCUGUCAUUGUAG